CCAGAGAGAAGCCGACAGAGCAUGGCAAGGGGCGCAAGCAAGCGGGUGGGCAGUGAGAACCAACAGGCAGUGCGAAAUCUGCAGAUUGGCACGCUGGUAUCGAAUGGCGUCAUCAUCGUGACGCUACUGCUGCGGCCCUCGACACGCUCUGCGUGGUCACUCUUUCGUUAUGCCAUUACUUCAGGGAUAGCACUCUUUCUCUGGCGUCAAUUGGCCGGCAUGGGCACGCCUAGAUACAGCGCUGCCGGGACACUCAUCUCUCCGGGUGAAGACCUGGGUCAAGCGGGUCUCACAGCGUACAUGUUCGAUAUCAUCUGGGUCACAUGGGCAGUGCACAUCGGAGCGCUACUCACGAGCAAGAUCUGGUAUCUCUACUUGCUCAUACCCGCCUACGUCACGUACAGGCUUGGUAGCUUCGUCCUACCGCGACUGUUACAAUAUCUGUCGAGCGCGAGUACGCCUGCAGCCGAGCAGGACGGCCCUGCUCAGACGAGCAGCAAGCGACAAGAGAAGUUGCGCAAACGCUACGAGUCAGGCAAUGGCAAAGGACGGAUACAGCAGCGAGAAGUAAGAGUAGAACGGUGAUCUGCAUGCAUUUUGGAUCCUAGACAGCUCUGCCUGUUAUGUCGCUCUCGGCUGGACUCUCGAUCGCGGCUGCGCUUAUCGUAGACGUGAAGCUGGGACAGUGCGAUGGCUUUUCUGUCUUUGCUACUGACCAGCUUGUGCAAAAGUCGAUGGCCUGCUGGAUUUGAUCGCUUUGGGGCGAGCCUAGCAUAUCAGCCGAAGCGCCGCUUGAUCUGGCUACUUGGCGCGAUCUGUGGUCUGACUCU